GGCAGAAGCUACAGCGUGUGUUUCAGGUUUAUCGGAUCAGCUUCAAAAGGGACGUUCAGGAAAUCCUCAAAAUGCUGCGCAAAGACUGUGAGCUGAGAGAUGGGAUCCUGGGCAGAUCCCGUUGAGCUCCAGAUAUCUGCCGGCUGUGAGGUAGACCCCAGGGGCAGCUCAGAAUCCUUCCUCCAUAUAGCAAGUGAAGGAGUAGAUAUCCUGAGUUUUCAAGGAACUUUAUGGGAGCCAGCUCCAGAGGCCCCACCUUGGGUUCAUAUGGUCACCAGAGUGCUCAACCUGGACGAAGGGACCAAGGAAACUGUGCAAAGCCUCCUCAAUGACACCUGCCCCCAAUUUGUCCGUGGCCUCAUUGAAGUGGGGAAGUCAGAUCUGGAGAAGCAAGAGAAGCCCAAAGCCUGGCUGUCCAGUGGCCCCUCUCCUGGUCCUGGCCGUCUGCUGCUGGUGUGCCAUGUCUCAGGAUUCUACCCAAAGCCCGUGUGGGUGAUGUGGAUGCGGGGGAAGCAGGAGCAGUUGGACACUCAGCGAGGUGAUGUCCUGCCCAAUGCUGAUAAGACCUGGUAUCUUCGAGUAACCCUGGAUGUGGCGGCUUCGGAGAUGGCUGGCCUGUCUUGCCGAGUGAAGCACAGCAGUCUAGGUGACCAGGACAUCGUCCUCUACUGGGAUGAGAGCCAUGUCUCCGUGGGCUUGAUCAUCUUGGCAGUACUGGUGCCCCUCCUUCUGCUCGUUGCAGGCUUCUACUUGUGGUUUAAGAGGCAUUGCUCCUAAGAAGACAUCCUGUGACUCUGCUUCCCGCAUCUGCCUCUGUGGAACUCAGGACGUCAAGUGCCCAAGAUGUUAGGUCUGGUCUGCUUGGGAGUUGAGGGUGAAAGAGAGGUACCUUGAAGAAGUAGGAAACAAUCAUAAGGCAGCUCUGGCCACAUCCUUUUAACAUUUUAUCUUAAAGAACUCAAUCUGUUUUUCAUUAGACUUAAAGUCUAUGCCCCAAAACUCUUCUGUGAAAAAGAUGGGUAUGAACUUAUAUACCUACCAGGGACAAGCAGAUAAGGGUGGGGUGUGGGUGAGUGAGUUCAUUGUUUGAAUGAUGGCAUCUGCAGUGCACUGGAAACAUUUAUCUUGUCCAAAGGAAGCAGCUCCAGCUCCUUGUUGUCAAGUAACCUGCAUUAUGCAAGACAAGCUGGAAAUGUGGACUUUUAUGUGAAUGCAUCUGAUUUUCGAAAAAAUAAAUUAUUUUGGUGAAAGUAUACACAGCCAAAGAUACACUAUUCCAACAGUUUCUAUAUAUACAAGUCACUGACAUUGGUUACAUUCUUCAUGUUGUGCUAUCAUUCUCUCUAUCCUUUUCCGCAUUAUUCCACCGACAUUAUCUUAAACUCACUGCCCCCUAAGCUUCCCACCCUACCUUUGUCAAUUUGAUCUCACGUAAAUAAUUCUUUACAGGAACACAAUGUUCAAAGCAUGUGUACUUUACUAAGUAAAAUAAGCUUUUUUUUUUUGCUUUAAAGAAGACUUCAGGAGGUAGUUUUGGUUUAAGGUUUAAAGUUUAAAGAUAAUCUCAGGGCAGUAGUUUCAGGGGCUCAUUCAGCUUCAGUGACUCUAGAAAAUCUGGAUUCCAUUGAGAAUUUGAAAUUCUUGAACAUGUCUAAUUAUUGUAAAGUGUUGAUUACUAUGUGGUAUACCCCAAACCCACAUCUACUGCCUGAUGACAACCCAGGGCUCCUAGUUGUACCUUUUCUAAGAAGUUGUCCUGAAUGACAGAUUGGCUCUUUCAGGACUUUGGUUUCUGUUAUGAAUUUGAAUUUAUAGCUGGAGAGGGACAUUUUCCUUUUAAAAGAAGGGCUCGUAAGAGACAGAGAUGUCUCAAACUUCUACUUGGUGUAACCUCAUUAAAAAAGGGAAAAUCAUAGUGUAGCUGUUUUGUGUAGUAAAAAGCUACUCUAUGUAGGGAUAUUUUUCUCCAAUGGCCAGUCGAUGGCCAGUCACUUCUUUCAUAUUGCAAGAGGACAGUCAUGAAGGUAUCCCCUGCAAAACAGAGGCUCUUCAACUUAUCUCUACUAAAUGAGACAGAAAGGAGACAACAGAUGGAGACGGCUAAGCACACCUCUGCAGGCAUGUGCUGUAGUAUUGAUGGUGAUGGUGGCCCCUCAGUCUACUCUCUACUUAGAGAGAAGACAGCAGGGAACUUAAAGGAACAGCAGACCUCCCCGGUGUCAAAAAAAUGAGAAGGCCAAGUUAAAAAUGAUUUGUUAGUCAAUCAGGGAAUGUUAUGUCUGCUGCUUGUGACGUUCUCAAAUCAACUCACUACAGUCAUGCACUGCAUAAUGUCUGGGCAACAUCCGGCCGCAUAUACAUAUGUGGUCCCAUAAGUUCAGAAAUCCUGAUCAGAGAACAGGAUGUAGCAAAUGUAGCUUCCAGCAUGCAACAUGUGAGUGAAUCUCGUGUCUCUUGUAUACAAAGUGAUUGCACUGUCAGGCAUAUAAUGAUACAGUACAUAGAUGUGGUAUAUAGUGUACCUUUCUAUGCAUAAAAAAAAUUAAACACUUCAAGAUACACUAAAACAUCUUUAGCAUAAUAAUUCAGUAACAACAAUAAUAAUGUUUUGAUGCGUGUUGCAAAGUAGAGCCCGUUUGUUAUCAUGAACCACUGUAUGUACCUUGCAUUUUUAAUAUAAUAGGCUUUAUGGGGUUGGUUCAUAACUAUGGGUUGUAUAUCAGUUGGAUGUUUGUAACCUGGGGACUGCCUGUAUACAAUAUGGUGUUCGCACAAUGUCUACAUCAUGUAACAUCCUAUUUCACAGAACCUAUCGUGCAUGUUAAGCGACACAUGACCAUAUUAUGUAUGCCUCCAUAAUGCUUUUUUACACUGUUAUGAUGUUUUUAUAAUGCUUUCAAACACCUCUGUAUAAGUCACGUAGAAUGUGAGCUUAGAAAUUGGAAAUUGCAGAACUUAGAAACAUGUAUACUUCAAUAAGGUCUUUAACCAUUAAUUGUAAAUUAUGUAAGUUAUUAGGAACUAUAUUUAUACAUAUAAGCCAUUAGAAAGUUACUCUAACCUUGAAAAUACAUAAUAGAAGUAUGUGGUCAACAAAGACAUAAGUAUGUCAUGUAACAACUCCCUUCGAAACUUCUAAUAAAUCAAAUCUAUGUUACUUGGCUUUAAAACAUAAAUAUGGCACAAAACAAUUCCCCAUAAUUUUUAAUUUAUUAAAUCUCUAUAAAUUUACCUUGGGCCAUAAAUAUGUCAUGCAACAAUUCCCUUAAUUGGCAAUAGAACACCCCAAUCUUGGCUAAACAUGGCAGCACACAUGGUAUAUAAAUUCACGGAUUUCUGUUCAUUCCUGGAAGACAAGACAAUGGCAAAAGGUGUCUAUGACUCUCAUUCCCCCUGAAGGCUGAAAGCCUGCUGAGAUACUGUCUGCCACAACUGAUCUUGGACCUCAGCUACAGGAACCUCCUCUGAGUUCAAAGGUGGUCAGUCUUCCUUCCUGAGGCUACUUGGUAAAGGUAAAGUAGGAAGUCUAAAGAUUUGGACUCAAACCGAUGAGCUAACGUUGUAACUGUUAAUUCGGAUUCUCCAGUGCUAAAUGGAUGUCUUGAGGUCUUGUGUGCCUUGCUGUGACUACCUUGCAAUAACUAAACGAUUUCAUUCAUGACAAAUCUGAGCAUUUCUUUAUUUGUUCUUAAGAUAAAGUUGUCCAGGACAGGAAAGUAUUAUCCUGGCACUCAAAGCCUUUGAAUGUCCAGAAAAUGUGAGACUUAACUGUUGGAGAGUCUUUGCUUGAGAAAAUUAAGAUUUUGCACCUUCUAUGCUGGACUUAUAAGUCUGAACCUGGGCUGUGGGCAAAGAUCCUUCCUGCUUCUAAAUCAAUAAUUCUCAAAGUGUCAUCUCCAGACCAGCACCAUCAGCCAAAAACCCAUUGCCAUUGAGUUGAUUCCAACUAUAAUGACCCUAUAGGACAGAGUAGAACUGCCCUGUAGGGUUUCCAAGGAGCGCCUGGUAGAUUCGAACCACU